CGCCGCCUCCGCCGGCGCAACCGGCCGCGCCGCGACGCGACAACCGCAAGCUGCUGCGGAUCGCCGACGCGGCCGCCCUCGGUUACUCCCCCCGCGUCGCCGUCGCCUGCGCUGGGACAUGGGGAGCCCGCGAUAUAUUCUGUCCCGGCGCCUUCGGGAUGCCCCCCGCGCGUGCAGCAGGGCGGGAUGUACUCCGUGCUGUCACGAAUAUACUCCGAGGCGCGCCGCCGCCUCGGCCUACUAAUAGGCUCUCUCCCGGGCGGGCACGAUGGGAGAAGGAGGUCGCGGCGCCGACGGCGGGACGACCGGAGCAGGAGCAGGAGCAGGAGCAGCACCCCAAUGUCGAUGUACUCCGUCAUCGGCGCCGGGGACGACCAGCCGACGCCGCCCGCCUCGUCCGCGGACGGGGCCACUCCGGGCGGCGGGGCAGCCAUCCCGCCGGUGGCCCUGCCGCCGCAGAUGGUGGUGCUGGCGCUGGACGCGACGAGGGACCACCGGGAGGAGGAGAUCAGGAUAGCGCUCAGGGCCGUGGUCACGCGCGGGGACAUCCUCCGCGGCGGCGACUCCCUCCUCGUGCUCGGCGUGCUCCACGCCAUCGCCAAUCCGAUGGGCUACCAAACCAAGGCAUGUACUGAUUCUUUUGUCGGGACGAACUUGCGAUUCCUAGGUGAUCAGGUUAAGGUGAAAGCUGAAUUCUACCGAAACAAGCUCCGUCAUGAUGUGGAGGAGCUCCGCAAAGUCGGGAUUAAUGUGACCCUUAAGGUAUCUCCCGGAUCACCAGCCAAGUUUGUCAUUAUCCAUGAAGUCAAAUCCAGCAAAGCUGCUUGGGUUGUAUUAGAUAGGCACUUGAGGAGAGAUUUUAAGUACUUAGAAAAGCACAUUGCCUGCAAGGUGGCAGUAUUUCAGGAUAACUUGGUGGUGCAGCCAUUGAAAAUAAUUAGGACUAUUCCAUCAAACAAAAGUGUCGGCGAAGUAAAGGCUCUGCAGCACCUAGCAGUGUCACUCGAUCUGCAUUCUGAGACAUUAGAUACCGACAGUCAUCGCGAGUUGACCAAGUCAUCACCUGUAAGUUAUUUUGCCUCUCUAAGCUAUCACGAGAGUCAUGAAACCUCCAGUGUGCUUGGUAGCACCAUGGCAUGCUUGACACCAUCAAUGAGCGCCAUGUCUCUCUCAAUGAUCGACGGAAAUGAAUCCCUGUCUAAUGGGAAAUGUAUUGAAGGAAACAUCUCCCACUACGAUUUAUCGGAGCGACCAGUUCUAUGCACUGGUUGUGGUCUAAAGUCAGUUCUUUACAUAAAGGAAUCUAUGAAAUUUCCAUUCUCAGAGAUUCAAGCUGCAACAUCUGACUUCUCAAAUGAGAAUUUGCUGGGUGAGGGUGGGUUUGGGCAUGUGUACAAGGGUCAGCUCAAGGAUGGCCAGGUCAUUGCAGCUAAAUUACGCAAGGAAGCUAGUUCACAGGGCUAUACCGAGUUCUUCUCUGAAGUACAAGUUCUCAGCUUUGCCCGUCACCGAAACAUUGUCAUGCUGCUUGGGUAUUGUUGCAAAGAAAGCUACAACAUUUUGGUGUAUGAGUACAUAUGCAACAAAUCCCUUGAGUGGCAUUUAUUUGACAAGGACGCCAGCUUACUUGAGUGGCAUAAGCGGCAUGCAAUUGCCCUUGGUAUAGCAAAAGGGCUGCGUUUUCUACACGAAGAAUGUCGUGCUGGCCCAAUAAUUCAUCGGGAUUUACGCCCAAGCAAUGUACUUUUGACACAUGACUUUGUUCCUAUGCUUGGGGACUUUGGUCUUGCAAAAUGGAAGGCUAGCAAUUCUUCUAUCCAUACAAGGAUUCUGGGCCAAACAGGAUUCUUGGCGCCCGAGUAUGCUGAAUAUGGCAUAGUUUCUGUCAGAACAGACGUUUAUGCUUUUGGGAUUGUUCUUUUCCAGCUGAUAUCUGGUCGUAGGGUGCUUGAUGAACGUGGAGGACAGUGCACACAUAUAUUGCAAUGGGCUGAGCCUUUGGUUGAGAGUCUUGCACUGCAUGAACUAAUUGAUGAGCGCAUUGCAGAAACGUACGAUACAUAUGGGCUGUAUCAUCUAGCACGAGCUGCAUAUCUUUGUGUCAGGACAAACCCAGAACAGCGGCCUUCUAUGGGAGAUGUUGUUCGUCUGAUUGAGUCAGAAAAUGAGCACAUCAGGGAUUUGUCCCGGCAAUUCAUCCCACAUUUUACAAAGUGAAGCAGCCGUCAAAGGGAAAUCCUCUUCUCUGAGUUCACCCUUGAUGAUUCUGUGCCACUGUUCGUCAUGAAACUUGCUCUCUUUUUCCCCCUGUCUCCAUUAUAUUUUCAGAUGCAUAUAACGCUGUAUGUUUGUGUAAUCGAUGAUUCACUUUUUUACAUUUCUUGCAUAUCUUUGUAAAUGUAAAACCGUCUUCUCAGGUUAGUGUCCUUCAUGUUUACUGACAUUAAAUUUUUGGAAAAAGUCUAGAUCACCCCUUGAGAUUUGGCACCCUGGUUAAUCCACCCCCUAAACAACACUUUAAACUUUACAAAACCGUUCAAAAAACCCCUUGGCCGGUUUUGCUCAGCCAAAAAAGAUCCCCUCCCUUUGGCACUCUCCACCGGCCUUUCUGAGUACUGUUAAAACAUCUCUUUCUUAGUUCUAAUUCUGUUGGCAGUAGUUUAAAUUUU